UAUAACAUAGAAGGAGAUUUUGGGCGGAGUAAACCCUUUCGCUUCGCUUCUUCCUCUUUUUUGUCACUAGGUACCACUUCCACAAAGUCAUAAACCAUGCCUAUUUCUAUAAUUUAUCUUCUUAAAAUGUGAUGUUAAACCAAACCACACUGCCAACUCUAACUAAUUGUUGUUUUCAUGGAUUUUAAAGAUAUAGCUAAUUUUGAGGCAGUGGUAACCUUCCUCUCAGCAAACCCCACAUUUCCCAUCAGCCACCACAACAUUCACAGGCGCUCCAUAGAAGGUAUUUCUCAUUUUGUACUAAGGACUAACCACUCAGUUAAACGUUAGAUUAAAAGCUUCACAAUGUCCGAGCUUUUUAUGGAAUGUGAGGAAGAGGAGCUGGAGCCGUGGCAGAGACAGACACCAGAAGAUAAUUUGUUGGGCGACGGUAAACAUGAUGAUGAUGACGACGAUGAACCUAUAUUUGUUGGGGAGCUUAGUACUUCAAAGGGCACCAUUAACACCAGGCCAACGAACAACCAAAGAAAUGUGAAGACCACCCCAGUUCAAAGUGGCGGAGUUGGGAGACCAAGAGCCUCUAGGAUGACAAUGACACACAACUCCCCCCAAGCUCAUAUCACUCGGGGUCCAGUUCCACAGAACGUCAUAAUUCCAGGGAAAGGGUUGAACAAUGCACCUCGACCCUUAACAGCAGUACCACCACAGCCCAUCAUUAUCAACAACCAGGGUUACAUUAUGACCACACCACAGUUACCGGCCAACUCAGCUUUCCUCGCUUCCCUUGGGAAACAGUAUCCCCCUGGGACAUCUUUCACUGUGGUUCCAGCAGGCCAGCAGCACAUUCUGCAGCAGGUGACUCCGGGGAAGCCUUUACCUGGGGUUAUCCACAGGCCUCAAGUGCACAUGAUCCACAACAACGUAGUGACCUUGUCCAAUGUGCAGGGCCCCGCUGCAUUGUCUUCCCAGCCCAACCGCUCAAAUUCUACCAACCUCCAGAUUGUGUCCCCAGUUAUUCAAGCCAAAGGCAACAGCUGGGACUAUGGCAAACGAGGUUUACCUCAAGACCAAAACAGCACAGCUAAAAAAGCUAAGCAGGACAUAGGGUCUCCCCACGCCCAGGAGAUAUUAGAGAAUGGGGCACGUUUUUGUAAAAAAUGUCCAAAGUGUAAAUUUGAUUUCUACCAACAAGUUGUCAUGAAAGAUCACAUGGUGAAAUGUUGUCCUCACCUGUUGGAGUGUGUCUUCCCCUCAACCCCGAAGUCUACUUACCUUUUUGCAAGCAAGCGCAUCAUGCUUGUCACAGACUUCUACUAUGGUAGAUUUGAGGGAGACAAACUAAAAUUGCAGCAGCAGAAGACCCCAUUUACCUAUAAGUGCCAGAGCUGUUUGAAAGUACUCAAGAACAAUGUCAGGUUCAUGAACCACAUGAAGCACCAUCUGGAGCUAGAGAAGCAGAACAGUGAGAGCUGGGAAAGCCACACUACCUGUCAACACUGCUACCGGCAGUACUCAACCCCAUUCCAGCUGCAGUGCCACGUCGAGAGUGCCCACAGCAUGGUUGAAUCUUCAACCAAUUGCAAGAUAUGUGAAUUAGCCUUUGAGUCUGAGCAAGUGCUCCUGGAACACAUGAAGGACAAUCACAAGCCUGGAGAGAUGCCAUAUGUCUGCCAGGUGUGCAACUACAGGUCUUCAUUCUUUACCGAUGUGGACACACACUUCCGUACGGUGCAUGAAAACACAAAGGAUCUCCUUUGUCCUUUCUGCCUUAAAGUUCUUAAAAGUGGUCAUGUCUACAUGCAGCACUAUAUGAAGCAUCAGAAAAAAGGAAUUAAUCGUUGCGGGAAAUGCAGGCUGAAUUUCCUCACCUACAAGGAGCGAGUGGAUCACAAGACUCAGCACCAUAAGACUUUCCAAAAACCCAAAGCUCUGGAGGGCCUUCCUCCUGGAACCAAGGUGACUAUCCGGGCCUCUCUGACAGGGCCAUCGCCCAGUUCCGCCCGUGCUGCUGACAAAUCCAGUGUCAGUGUCAUACCAGAGGUCCCAGGCAUGAAGGCAGCCAAUGUAAAAGCUCAGAGCCGUACAUCUACCACACAGGGCAGCAGUGGGGGGAAAGGCAAGGGCGCAGUGAGCAAAAAGCUCCUCAAGCAGCAGAAGAACAACCAUGUGUUGCAGAGUCUCAGUACUGGAGAAAAACGACACACCUGCAUUGAAUGCUACUCGGAGAUUCAUGACUUCUAUAGUCACUAUCCCAUGGUUGCCAUUUGUGGUGCAUGCAAGUAUCGGACGAGUUGCAAAACUUCAUUUGGAAACCACAUGAUAAGGUUCCAUAGUGCCAUCUCAAAAGAGAGAUUCCGGAAAAUGAGGAAAAUCCCAGUUGUCCUAAGGAAUUUAACCCUUGUCUGUCUGAACUGUGACUUCCUGGCUGAUGCGCAUGGAACUGACCUCAUGAGCAAGCAUUUGAUUGACAGACCACACCACGUCUGUAAGGUCAUACUAGAGAAAGGAGAAGGUGGUGCUGUAGAUGACGGCAUUAGAGGAAAUAAGCAAGGGAUCUCUGCUCUGAUGUCCCCUGAUAUCCAGAAUGCUGAAACUGCCACAGUGAGUGGUGCUUUUGACCAAUUCCACAGCGUUCCCAGAUUGGUGGAGACCUCCGAUGGCUUGUGUAUCACCCCAGCUGCUGAAAGAAGGGAUGGGCCAGAGGUAAUGCAUGUUCAGACCCAAGAGUCAGGAAGAGGUGCUGUAAUUCUACUAGACAAAGACGAUGCAGCAGUUAACCAGCUAGGAGAGGCAGAAGUGCAAGGGCUUCCACAUAUCUCUACAGUGGAUCAGAGCCAGGGAGUCACACAAGCUACAGAGCUAGAAACACCCAUGGAAAGUUCAGUUGAGGAAGAACAGUCUUUGCAGUCAGGGCCCAUGGAAAGUGAAACACCAAUGGAAAGCUCAGUUGAGGGGGAGAUGAGGGAGGAGCGGGCUUUGCAGUCAGCGACCAGGUCCCCCACUAGUUCUGUGGCCUGUGAGUUAGAUGGGGAGACGGUGCGUUUGCAUGAGUCAUUAAGCAAACCGGAAUCUGUGAGCUUUGACGACAGUAAGGUCAGCGCAUCCCUGGAGACCAUCCCCUUAAAGGUUGUAGACCAAGAGGUGAAAGAUAUCGUGGAAGCAAAGGACAUCUCAUCCUCUCAAAGUCCAGCUGACAUCCCGCAUCAGAGGGCAGACGACAAAGACAUUCCCUCCAGUCCUGAAACACUGAAGGGAUCGGCAUCCUCGGAGUAGUGAGAAGUGGACCGGAUGUAUUUUUAAGAAUACUGCAUACCAUUGAAAUGUAUUUCUCUUCCCCAUUUUCUUAAACUUGACUGUCCUUGACCAGAUGGAGAUGAGCUGAGACGUGCUAUGUGUUUAUUCGAUUUGGCAUUUGGAAAAACAUGUAUCAUUUUUUUCUAACAUUAGUGCAAGAUUUGACUUCCGUCUGUCAAACUUACAAUUUGGUUGUAAGCUUUCAAUGAAAGUGAAAAUGGUACACUGAAUAAUUUGACUUUCUGUAGUGUCGAAAAAUACAACAUCUGAAUGUUUAUGCUUUCCUUGAUCUGAACCUGUACUCAAGUGUGAAAAAUCCUUGAAAUAUCUUAACUAUCCUUCCACUGGUAGAUAUAGGCCCUUUGUUUAUUUUGAAUACCUCCUCCACUUCCAUUGACAUUUCAUAGGUGCUUUUGUGUAUUUUUAAUAUACUAUAAUCCAUCACUUUCGCUUUGAUCAUCUGUAUGUCUGUAGUUUGAGAGCAGUCCAAUGGACUUGAAUCAUUGAGGGAGUUUGAUUCAAAGGAACUGUGGUGCACUGGUCUAUGGCCCGUCACGUGAACAGGCAAAGGCAGUGGGGGGGUGCCCUUCUCAAAUCGAACAGUAGUCUGCGCCGCUCGGUCAUGUUGUCAACAGGGCAGCAUGGUGUAUCGUAAAGAAACACUUUGCCAUAACUUGUUUGAAAAUUCAAGCAUUUUUUUCAUUGGGAAGGAAGAUGGUGUUUUGAUCAAAAGCAAUCACUUUUUCAUUUGAAACCAGUAUCCUACUCAAUACUCCAUGUGCUUAACCUACGUCAGAGAUGACUUUGCCAUCAGCCAGAGCGGGACACUGGCUCGAAAAAGAAUGCAAUGACUUUUCACCCAGUGCAUACUCCUCCCACUGUGGGCAACCAGGUAAUCUAAUCCCCUCAGUGUUUCCAUUGCAGUCGUGCUAACAUGUAAAUAAACUUUGGUAAUACAGUAUGAAA